AUGGCUGUCAGCUUCAGAGGAAAGACUGCAAACCAAACUUCUGUCCAAGAAUUCAUACUCCUGGGAUUCACCAACCAUCCUGAAUUACAAAUGCUUUUCUUCUUGGUCUUCUCCAUCAUUUACACAGUGGCUUUCAUGGGGAAUCUUCUCAUCCUUCUGGUCAUUAUUGCUGACAGCCAUCUUCACACACCCAUGUACUUCCUUCUAGGCAACCUGUCCUUCAUAGACAUGUGCUAUAUGUCUGGUACCAUCCCUCAAAUGUUGGCCAACUUCCUUCGAGAGUCAAAGACCAUUUCUUACAGUGCAUGCAUGGCUCAGCUCUUUGCUCUUAUUUCUUGUGUGGGCUCAGAGUGCAUCCUCCUAGCAGCUAUGGCUUAUGACAGAUAUGUAGCUAUAUGUCACCCACUUCUGUACAUGGUCAUUAUGAACAGGAAAGUGUGCCUCCAGAUGGUGGCUGCAUCUUGGAUGGGAGGUUUUCUGAAUUCUUUUGUGCACACCCUUCUGACAUCUGCCUUGACCUUCUGUGGUCCCAAGGAGAUCCGCCAUUUUAUGUGUGACGUUCCUCCACUCUUGGAGUUGUCCUGCACAGACACAGCCCUUAAUAAUACUGUACUCCAUACAGCCAGCGUGUUCAUCGGCAUCAGCCCCUGCUUGUUCAUUGUGAUUUCAUACAUCUUCAUUGUUUUAGCCAUCCUUCGGAUCCGCUCCUCUGAGGGCAGACACAAAGCCUUCUCCACUUGCACUUCCCACCUGACUGUGGUCAUCACGUUCUUUGGAACAGCUCUCUUUAAUUACAAUCGAUCCAAUGCAGGCUAUUCCCUGGAUAUAGACAUCCUGGUCUCGACUCUGUAUUGCAUUGUAACCCCCACGUUGAACCCCAUCAUAUACAGCCUGCGGAACCAGGAAGUGAAGGGAGCCCUCAGGAAACUGCUGUGUAGAAAGCAGGCCAUGUUCUGA